CAAAAUAAGAAAUAAAAAAAAAAAAGUCAAAUGCCAUGAAGUCCAGAAAAAUAACUUACUAGUACAAACUGCCUACCCACCUCUGUAAUACUUUCCUCAGAGUAGCUAUUGGCUCUGUAUAUUUCAUAUCUUGUUGCUCUUCUACCACCUAGGUACUUACAGUACCAAGAGCUACUGGACACUGUCCUAUCCCAUGUGCUGUGCCCCCUCACAACUGGGAGCAGUGACAGUGGUUUUCUGGAAGCCCCUCCUACACAAGGUGGCUAGGCUAAGGUAAGGACAUGAAAAUGACUGAAAAUCAUGGAAAUAUAUUCCAAGAAACUGCAAAUCCAACAUCUUCCCAACUCACCUCCAUAACCAGACCAAGUCCAACACAUGGAGAAAGCACAAUGGAGAAGCAGCUAGAGGAAGUGGAGAGACCACUUGGGUGAAUAUAGCUAAUGUUUGGGAAAUGUACAGAAGCCCCUGGCCCUGUGAACACCUGGCGGGCACCUUCUCCAGGGUCUGUGUAACUAAGAGUUCCUGGGCUUCAUUAGCUUCUUGGUGAUUUGGCCUGUGCACUUGAUUGAAAUUCUUAGUCCACAUCUCAAAUGGGCUCUCAUUUGAAAGCCUAUUCUCAUAGCCCAGGUAGCUUUUCUACCUCUCAAAAUGAGUAUUUCAUGUCUUUCUCCUCAAAUGAUUUGUGGCACCUUUCAUGCUGGUAGGAAUACCCAAGAUCCUCCGGGUGGGUAGAUGCCAGUGCAGGUGCAGAAAACAGCUUCAGCAGCAGGGACGACCCCUCACCUAUAGUGAGGGGGACAGGUGUGGGCCAGCAGGUAUGGGAAAGAAGCCUCUCCUGAAGAACAGUGGACCAGGGUAGGACACCAAAGUUAUUAUUAUUUUAUUUUUAGGAGAUGCUGGGGGGGUGUCUCAUGACCUUGAACUUCUGGGCUCCAACGAUCCUUUUGCUUCAGCCUUCUAGAGCAUCUGGGACUAUAGGCCAGUACCACUGUGCCUAGCUCCAAGGUGAUCUUUGAGACAGAAGUCAGAGAAUAUAGCUUUCCUGGUGAAGAUUCCCAUUGCACUUAGACUGAAACCCAAGCGCCUUAGGAGCCUCUGUGGCCUUGUGUGAUAAGCCAGGGCUCUCCCAUCUUAUUUCCACCACCCCCAAAUUCUUUAGCCUAGAUUCCUUGGCCCUCUAGCUCCUACCAGCAAAGCUUUUUCCUAUCUCCUGGCACUUUUUUUUUUUUUUUUUGUACCCGGGAUCGAACUCCGGACCUUGUGCUUGUGAGGCAGGCAGCAGCACCCAGGCCCUCUCAUGGCAUUUAAAGCUCCUGUCUCUUUUACUUGGACUCCUGGCUGGCAACACUGGGCCCCAUUAUCACGUCUUCCUAGAAGCUCUCUCUGACCACUGGGACUACAACAGCACUAAGCUCUAUUGAGGCCAGGAAGGAAUGGCCUGCUGGUUCACGUGGGUGGAACUCCAGCCUUAUAACCAUUUGAAAUUAUCCUGUAAUAUUUUCUGUCUUUGGUCUGGGCUUCAGGAAUGCCCAGACCGGAUGUGCCUUCUACAUCUCAGCAUACAAGAUAUAACCAGUGUAUAAGAUGCACUGAAUAAAUAUCAACCUAGUGAGUAAAUACAGCAGCUGCCCCCACAGACAGACAGAUGCCCAAGUUGUUUGGUAAUUUCCUUCUGGGACCAUUGUCAAGGCUUAGAGCCGAGAGGAGAGCAUGGCCUGUCAUUGACACAAUCCCGACAGAGAUCCAAACUGUGGCCCAGAUGAAACAGGCGAAAAGAAGUAGGAGACAGAAACCAGGGACAGAGAUACAGACCCAGAGAUAGAGACCAAGAUACAGUAAGACUCGGAUUCAGCCUCGGCGGCGCCCCUGAGACCUGGGCCUCAGCCGGAGACAGUGCCGGGAGCGGGGCGGAACGAGCCGAAAGAGAGCAGACGCCGGCGCAGCGAGUGUGGUACCCGCACCGCCCGCGUCCCCUCGCACAAGUGGCCUCGGCAGGUGGCCGCGCGUCCUCCCGCCCGCCCACCAGCGCGACACGUGCUGGAUCAAAGCGACCGGGAAGGGGCGGGGCGGGGAGGUGUCGGGAACCGGGAGGUGCGAGAGCGCGAGCUUCCCAGGGGUUGGCAAGAGCGUGGGAGCGCAGAGUCCUGGCGGUGACAGAGACCAGAGAGACCCAGAGACAUCUCGGAGACACCCAGAGACAUACAGGCAGAGAGAUAGGAAACAAGUCGAGAGAUUCGAGAGGGCCAGACUUGGGGCGCAGAAGCAGGGGCCGUAGAGGCCACUAAAGAUCCAGAGCAAAGAGACCCCCAAGCAGCGGCCGCUAAGAGAUCUGGUAAGAAUGUGAGCGACGGAGUCACCAAAAAGCCUUCAGAGACCCGAAAGAUGGCGAGACAAAAAAGGCCCAGCCCCAUGGGAAAAGGAAGUGCGCUUUGGAGAACAGAAAAUAAGAGGGAGAGGAAGAGAGGUGGAAAGAAGAGCAAGGGAUUUUGAGUGUGGAGGGCGGGGAGAACUCCUCCCCGCCGAGAGUCGAGAGGACCCCCGGGGCAGAGAUCCGAGUGCGGCGUCCUUUCUCAGGGUCACGCCUGUGGAGGUGCGGGCCAGGGUUGGAGGGAGGGCUGUGGAGGCUGCAGGACCUCGGGGUAGGAGCAGGGGCAUGCGGGGACCUAAGAAAUCAGGGUCUAGAUCCGAAGCUUCCAACUUUACAAGAGCUAAAACGCUACACUUAUCACUAGGUAGAAAUGUUGAAACAAAAACGCCAUAUUAGAAGUAUGGUUAAAUGAAUUUUUUCUUCUUUAAAAAGGAAAGCGGAAAAAAAAAAAAAAAAAAGGUAAGCGAAAGAAAAGCAAGAGCUGCAUUGGCCGGGAAUCGAACCCGGGCCUCCCGCGUGGCAGGCGAGAAUUCUACCACUGAACCACCAAUGCGAGACAUAGAAGACUGUUCUAUAGUACUAACUUUGUAUGAGUCUGAGGCUAACUCGCCUAGGCAGAGGGCUGAGAUCUCAUGCCCAAGGAAAGGAUGGCCCUCAACGGUUCACGUGGGUGGAGCACCAGGUCAUUCUUCCUCUCGCCUGGAUCCGGCCACCCGGCCAUAAAGUUACUCCAUAUGGCCAGGGGCGGCCCCACACCCGGGUGCGAACAGCCCAGGCCCCAGAGCCUCGCGUGCAGGCACUUCGUCCUGAAGUUACCGAGUGUUCACGCAUCCUUUUGCAGAGGGUCAUGCUCUUGGUUUGAGAUGCUGAAGCCGCUAGUGGAGAAGCGGCGCCGGGACCGCAUCAACCGCAGCCUGGAAGAACUACGGCUGCUACUGCUGGAGCGGACCCGGGACCAGAACCUCCGGAACCCGAAAUUGGAGAAAGCGGAGAUACUGGAGUUCGCCGUGGGCUACUUGAGGGAGCGAAGCCGGGUGGAGCCCCCGGGGGUUCCCCGGUCCCCAGCCCAGGACGCCGAGGCGCUCGCCAGCUGCUAUUUGUCCGGCUUCCGCGAAUGCCUGCUCCGCUUGGCGGCCUUCGCGCACGACGCCAGCCCGGCCGCCCGCGCCCAGCUCUUCUCCGCGCUGCACGGCUACCUGCGCCCCAAACCACCCCGGCCGGAGCCUGUAGAUCCGAGGUCCCCAGUGUCGCGCCCACCGCUGGACCCCGCCGCACCAGCCCCUGGCCCCGCGCUGCACCAGCGCCCCCCAGUGCACCAGGGGCCCCCUAGCCCGCGCUGCGCUUGGUCCCCAUCCCUCUGCUCCCCUAGCGCCUGGGAUUCUGGCGCGCCGGCGCCCCUCACCGGACUGCUGCCGCAGCCACCGCCGCCUUACAGACAAGAUGGGGCGCCCAAGGCCCUGUCGCUCCCGCCACCCGCUUUCUGGAGACCUUGGCCCUGA